ACAGCCGUGUCUCGAUGGGGGAGAAUCUCAGAACAGUGUAGUUUGCCCUCCGCUCAUGCAGAGCCUCUCCAUGGCUUCCGUACCUUGAGCAUUAGGCCAGUUCUCCUCUUCUCUCUAAUCCAUCCGUCACCUCUCCUGUCACCUGUUUCCAUGCUGUGAGGUCCAUUCACGGAACACAUCCAUGGCUCUCAUGCUCAGUUUGGUUCUGAGUCUCCUGAAGCUGGGAUCAGGACAGUGGCAGGUGUUUGGGCCAAACAAGGCUGUCCAGGCUUUGGUUGGGGAGGACGCUGCGUUCUCCUGUUUCCUGUUUCCUAAGACCAAUGCAGAGGCCAUGGAAGUGCGGUUCUUCAGGGGCCAGCACUUUAGCGUGGUCCACCUCUACAGGGACGGGAAGGACCAGCCAUUUAUGCAGAUGCCACAGUAUCAAGGCAGGACAAAAUUGGUGAAGGAUUCUAUUGCAGAGGGGCGCCUCUUUCUGAGGCUGGAAAACAUUACUGCGUUGGACGCUGGCCUCUAUGGGUGCUGGAUUGGCUCCCAGUCUUCUUACUACCAGGAGGCCACCUGGGAGCUGCAGGUGUCAGCACUGGGCUCAGUUCCUCUCAUUUCCAUCGUGGGAUAUGUUGACAGAGGCAUCCAGCUACUCUGUCGGUCCUCGGGCUGGUUCCCCCAGCCCAUCGCGAAGUGGAAAGGUCCACAACGACAGGAUUUGUCCGCAGACUCCAGGACAAACACAAACAUGUGUGGCCUGUUUGAUGUGGAGAUCUCCCUGACCGUCCAAGAGAACGCUGGGAGCAUAUCCUGUUCCAUGCAGCAUGCUCAUCUGAGCCAAGAGGUGGAAUCCAGGGUACAGAUAGGAGAUACCUUUUUCCAGCCUAUACCAUGGCCCCUGGCUACCAAAGUACUGGGAACACUCUGCUGUGGCCUACUUUUUGGCAUUGUUGGACUGAAGAUUUUCUUCUCCAAAUUCCAGGGGAAAUUCCAGGCAGAAUUGGACUGGAGAAUAAAGCACAGACAGGCAGAAUUGAGAGAUGCCCGGAAACACGCAGUGGAGGUGACUCUGGACCCAGAGACGGCUCACCCACAGCUCUGCGUUUCUGAUCUGAAAACUGUAACCCAUAGAGAAGCUCCCCAGGUUAUGCCUCACUCUGAGAAGAGAUUUAUAAGGAAGAGUGUGGUGGCUUCUCAGAAUUUCCAAGCAGGGAAACAUUACUGGGAGGUGGACGUGGGACACAAUAAAAGGUGGUACGUGGGAGUGUGCCGGGAUGACGUGAACAGGAAGAAGAAGGUGACUUUGUCUCCCAAUCAUGGGUACUGGAUCCUCGGAUUCAUUGCAGAACAUUUGUAUUUCACGUUAAAUCCCCGUUUUAUCAGCCUCUGCCUCAGGACCCCUCCGACACGAAUAGGGGUCUUCCUGGACUAUGAGUGCGGCACCGUCUCCUUCUUCAACAUAAAUGACCAGUCCCUCAUUUAUACCCUGACAUGUCGGUUUGAAGGUUUAUUGAGGCCCUACAUUGGGCAUCCAUCCUAUAAUGAGCAAAAGGGGACUCCCAUAGUCAUCUGCCCAGUCACCCAGGAAUCAGAGAGAAAGGUCUCUUGGCAAAGCGCCUCUACAAUCUCAGAGACAAGCAACAGUGAGUUCUCACAGGCAGCCACGCCCUUCCUCCCCAGGAGUGAAGUGAUGCGUAGGAUGAAUCACACCUCACAUUCAUCUUUAGGAUACUAAGGUUUGUCUCCCAGAUCCGAAGUCCCGCAGCGGCCAGCCAAGGUGGCUUCCAGAUGAAGGGGGACUGGCCUGUCCAUAUGGGAGUCAGGGGUCAUGGCUGCCCUGAGUGGGGAGGGAAGAAGGCUGACAUUAGAUUUAGUUUCCUCUCACUCCAUCCAGCUAAGUGAUGUUGAAAUAGUCACCACCUCUCAGGUGAGGAACAGUCAGGAAUUCCCAUCUCACAGGCCGUGGUGUAGAUUAAGUAGACAAUGAAUGUGAAUCAUGCUUAGAUCUUGUUGAUGACAGAGUGUAUCCUAAUGGCUUGUUGAUUAUAUCACACUUUCAAUAA